CUUCCACACAUUCUUUCUCUCCUCUCUCUCUGUUAUCUCUUUCAAAUCCCAUUUCAACAAAACAGAUUCUCUGCUAAGAAAGCCUCAGUUUUGCAACAAAACCCAAAAAAAAAACCAAAUCUUUUUUCAUCUGAACCGAUUCAAAAUAUCAGAGAAAGUCUGUUGUACAUAGUGGAUUGAUUACGUUAUGGGGAUAAUCCAUGUAUUAGCUACUCAUGGUAAUGAGUGAAAACUACAGAUCCGUCGUAACGUUUAGAAAUGAUGAUAUGGUUACACAAUAAUGGCGAAAAGAUGUGAUAGAAGUUUUAUCAAUACAGAAGUACACCGUCUUAAGAAUAGAGUGAGACAACAAAGGUACAGAGCUCGUAAGCGUGAAGAAAAAGCUAAAAGAGAGGGACAGACUGUAUUGCCCUCAUGUUUGUUCAUCACAGAUUCCGCUGGUGCGAAUAAUGGGUUGGAUGUGAUUCACUCAAAUGCCGAAUGUGUAGGAGCCAGAAGUGUGACUAGUGUUGAACAUAGAUUUACUUCUGAAACCAGUGAAGAGACUGGCGUAUCUCAAAUUAGACCUGCAGUGAAAUCGCAUUAUGAACAGCCCUGCACCGUUGAACUUGCUGCGACUGUUGCAGAGGAAAAUUUAAAUACUUCUUCAGAGCCUUGUCAGGCAUUUCAUGCACACAUGAUUCAAGAUUUGCCUCAAACGGAAACUGUUCAUGGUAUUAAUAUUCUAAAAGCGCAAGAUAAUUCUUCAAUGAAGCUUCCUUAUCAGAGAGAGGUUAGGAGAAGCCAUGAAGACAUUUUAGCUCGUCGUGCUAAAAACAGAGAACGGCAGCGCAGAUAUAGAGCUCGAAAGCGUCUUGAAACAGACAUGAAAAAAGUUUUUUCUACCAACCAACCAAAUCUAUUGUCACUACAGAUUCCAAACCAGAGUGGGUCCAUAAAUCACGUUCUUUGUCACCGGGAUUGGAAAGAAGAAGCAAGACAGGUUCAUGUUUCUGAGGAGCCCAAAAUAUCACAAGCUGAACCACCACUAGCUUCUCUCAACUCUCCAGAUAACGAAAAUCUCAGCACUUUACCAUCAGAAAACAAGGAACACCUCGAGGAGGAGAAGGAACUAAAGCCUGAGCAUCAAGUAGUAGAUGGUAGUGUCACGGGAGCUACACAUAAUCGAAGAGAUUGGAAAAUGGCUGCAAGAAACAAAGUUCAUUGACGACUAACUCAAGAUUAUUGUAAAUGGAAAUAUUGAAGUAAAAAAAUGUCAAUCACCUAUGACUGUUUGCCAAUAGACGUUCAAACAACAAUUCUAACUAUACAGAAAUCUGAACUUUGUGAGUUCAACGUGAUAUUAUAACUUACUUGCUGCCUCCUCAUGAACUCUAGUCUCUAGCUAGCUUGUGCAUUACUCUUUACCUUUCAUAAAUGCAUAUAUAUA